AUGGUGUCGUAUCUGCGAUCAUCGUUUAAGAAGUCUUUGAGAUCCAAGACAAGUAAGUCGUUUAAAAACGACAGCAGCGAUGUCUUGGUUUACUUGGUUUACUUGCACUAUAUAAACUCUUUGACAUCGCAGAUGGAGCAGUUGAGAAGUUCGAAUGGUAACUCAGAAGUGACUGCAGAGCAAGUACGUCGUAUUCAUAAGCAACUUCUCCGUGAAUACAGGGGAUGA